AUGGCCGUCCCCCAGACCUAUGCCGAGCGCUACUCGCGCAAGCCCAUCACCGACAUCUUCACAGCCGACACCGACUUUGACCGCAGAGAAUGCACCCGCAAGGUCCCCAUGAAGGUCCUCAUCCUCGGCCUUGGCCGCACCGGAACUGCCUCCAUGCGCGCCGCCAUGCAACAGCUCGGCUACGUCGACACCUACCACAUGAUGUCCUGCUCCAUUGAGAACCCGCCCGACGCCCUUCUCUGGAUGGAUGCCCUCCGCGCAAAGUACGACGGCGUUGGCGAGUUCACCCGCAAGGACUGGGACAAGCUGCUCGGCAACUGCCAGGCCGUCUGCGACUGGCCCGCCAUCGCCUUUGCCAAGGAGCUCAUCGAGGCCUACCCGGACGCCAAGGUUGUCCUCACCAACCGCGACGUCGACUCGUGGCACGCCUCGACCAUGCGCACCGUCUACUGGCGCGUCACCGACCCCGAGCUCAAGGCCCUCGCCAACUUCUCCUGGGCCGCCAGCAUGUACCAGCCCAUGCUCCAGAAGUUCUUUGACUGCUUCUUCGAGGGCGACUUUGUCAACAAGGGCAAGGAGAUCUACACCCGCCACUACGAGGAGGUCCGCGCCCUGGUCCCCAAGGAGCGCCUGCUCGAGUUCCAGGUCAAGGAGGGCUGGGAGCCCCUCUGCGAGUUCCUCGGCGAGCCCGUCCCCUACGACUCGAAAUUCCCCAACGUCAACGACAACCGCGACUUUGUCGCCCGCUCCCGCCGCCGCAACCGCAACCAGAUGUACAACGUCGCCCUCCGGUGGGUGCACGUGUCUGCCAUGGUCGGCGUGGCCGUCUACUCGGCCCACUACGUCUUUGAGAAGUACAUCAAGUAA